UAAAGGAUUACAAAUUAGUGACCAUAAUUUUCUAAGUAUCUCCCCCCACGUCAAAGGAAACAUGCGUACCUGUUUCAUGCUAGUUGCAGGCUAAAAUCUCUCUAGAUAGACGUCUUCUUGUUAUCUCUUCUAUCCCACCUUCAAACAAUAGACUCAGUCCCCAUCUCUAUCUAAAAUCAGCUACUCCCCUAUUUCUUCUUGGCUUAGUUGUUUAUGCAUUCAGUUUCCAUGUCCUUGUCUUCAUUUCUUUUUGUUGAUACCAUCUGUUAGUGCUCACCUGCUAAUUCUUAGAUACGAAAGUCUUCAAUUUUGUGAUGACCUUUAAAUGUAGCUUUUGUUAGGUUCCAAAUUUGAAUGCUUCUUUCUUAACAAGGAAAGACCUCAAAGUUUGGCUGGCUGUCUUUUUCUAUCAGACCAUUGGGUAUAUUUAGUCUUGAUAUGGUUGCAGUUAUUGCUAUUGGGUUUGAAUGAUUUUCUUGUUUUCUUGGAAGGGUAAAUCAAGAAUGGCAAUUGAAUUCUGUCCAGAAAGUUCUGCUGGUGUUAGUCCAAGAAUUUCAUUUUCUCAUGAUCUUUGCGUACCGGAUAUUGUUCCCUUUGAACAACGCCUCCCUCUUCGAUCAGGUUCAUUAGGUAACAUUGAUUUCGACUUCUGCGCCGUCCGGAAGAGUUUCGACUCAUCGUCAGCAGACGAGCUUUUCUCCGAUGGAAAAAUUCUUCCCACUGAAAUCAAGAAAAAGACUGCUUCUGCUAAACAAAUGGAUUCGUCUGUGCCCUCAAGACAAGUCCUACAAGAUGAUGUUUCCAGCAAUAAUAGUCUGAAGAAAGACCGCUUGAAAGAAAUGAAGAGUUCGAGUAAUUAUGAAGCAGAAGAUCAAAAGCAAAGUUCAAAAUCUUUUUGGAGUUUCAAGAGGAGUAGUAGCUUGAAUUGUGCCAGUGGUUAUGGAAAAAGUUUGUGUCAUUUGCCACUCUUAUCGCGAAGCUACUCUGCUGGUUCAACACCAAGAAGUAAGCGAGCACCAUUAACGAAAGACACUAACCAUAAGCAAAAUAAACAAGCAUUUUUCAAGUCAUCACAAUCGUCGUCUACGAAGAAUUACCAGAAGCCUCCAUUGAAGAAGAAUUAUGGACCUUAUGGAAAUGGUGUUCGAGUCAGUCCAGUUCUGAAUGUUCCAUCAGGGAAUCUAUUUGGUUUAGGUUCAAUCUUCUUCAAUGGAAAAGAUAAGAAGAACAUGAAGAAGUGACUUACCAAAUAUGUGCUUUAAUUAAAAACUACUUUCAGCCUAAAUUUGAAUGCUGUUUUUUUGGUGGCUUGAUGUUUUUCUUUUCUUUACUUAAAAUAUUUUUGUUUACUUGAUUUGCCAUUUGAAAAGAUUGCCAUGAAGACAAAGAGAUAGAAAGGUGGAGGGGGUUGAGGGACCGAAAGAUGAUAAAAUUCAAGGAAUUUGGUUCAGGAGCACAAAAUGACAGGUAACCAUUGCUUUUGGUAUUUGCUCACACAUGCUGUAGAUAAUUUGAUUUUUGGUUUCUUCUUUCAUUUUAUACAAGAAGAGAUUAUUUAAGUUUGUGGGUAUGUUUCUAUGGUGUCUAGUUGUUUUCGGUUGGGGAGAACAUGACGAGUUGGUUGUUCUUGUUUGGAUUCAAGAAUUAUUAACAAAUAAUUGUAAUUACUGGUUUCAAGAUGAAUUUCAGUAACAUAAAUAUCCCUUCCCAACU